AUGUCUGAAAAGCCCACUUCUGGUGUUCUAGCUCACGAUGAGUUCAUUUCUCAGUCUGCAAAGUCGGACCGCGCCGAUGCGGGAGGUCCUCGUCAAGCUGGCGCUCUGAAUAUUGUUCAGAAUCCUUUGACGACGGUGACAAAGGAACAAGCUGUCAUCGAUGCUCACGCUUUUGCUGAAGCGCACGGUAUGCCCGAGCAUGCGGCGCUGUUUGGCCGGGCCGCUUUGGUUGCACGAGACCCUGAUAUGUUUGAGACCCUCGGUGAACUUGACGAGGAGGAGCGCGCUGCACUCGUGUAUGAGCGAGAUCAUAAAUGGCACGGCCCCGUCAUGCUCUGGUAUUCUAUUGGUCUAUGUGCUAUUGGAGCUGCUACACAAGGUUGGGACCAGACGGGAUCGAACGGAGCCAACUUGUCUUUCCCCAAGGAAUUUGGUAUCGAUGGCCAGGGAAAAGACGAGUGGAUUGUGGGCGUUGUCAAUGCCAUUAUUUUCUUAACGGCUGGACUCAUUGGUGCUUUUAUCGUCGAUCCGCUGAACCACUACCUGGGUCGAAGAGGCGAAAUUUUUCUCACGGCUUGCUGUCUUACUGCCACACCAAUUGGUUCCGGUUUCGCGCAGUCAUGGCAAGGGCUGUUUGCUGCACGAUUUGUGAUGGGUAUUGGUAUUGGUGCGAAGAACGCCACAGUCCCCAUCUACUCCGCCGAGAUGGCUCCGGCUCGGACUCGAGGUGCUCUUGUCAUGUUCUGGCAGCUUUGGGUGGUUGCAGGUAUCUUCUUGGGAUUCGCGGCCAACGUGAUUGUCAAGAAUACCGGCGAUAUCGCGUGGCGUCUUCAGCUGGGUUCGGCCUUCAUUCCCUCCUUCAUCCUCAUGUGUGGUAUCUGGUUCUGCCCAGAAUCCCCUCGCUGGCUCAUGAAGCAUAACAAAUAUGCUAAAGGAUUCCAAUCCAUGAACCGCCUGAGAGCUCAUCCGAUCAUUGCGGCGAGAGACUUCUACUACUCGAACAUCAUCUAUCAGGAGGAGUUGAAGGAGGCUCGCGGUUCGGGCUACUUCUCUCGUCUUUGGGACUGUUUCGCUGUGCCAAGAAUUAGACGUGCCAAUUACGGUGCCUCGACUGUUAUGAUUGCUCAGCAGAUGUGCGGUAUCAACAUCAUCUCUUUCUACAGCUCCACCAUCUUUGAGAAUGUUGGCUAUUCGGCUACUCAGGCCUUGUAUGCGUCGCUCGGCUAUGGUGCUGUUCAAGUAGUGUCGACCAUUCCCACUCUGUUCCUCAUUGAUACCAAAGGCCGAAGGACUCUGACCUUGAUUACCUUCCCCCUGAUGUGCAUUUUCCUGUUGGCAGCCGGUCUCUCUCUUCUGAACCAUAGCGGCAGUCAGGGUGCGCAAAUUGGGCCAGUCGUCUUGUUCGUCUAUCUCUUCACCAUCUGUUACUCUUUGGGUGAAGGUCCAGUAGCUUUCCAAUAUUCAGCCGAGGUGUUUCCCACUAUCCAGCGUGAGCAAGGUAUGGCUUGGGCUGUCUGCAUCAACAACACUUUCGCCGGUAUUCUGAGUUUGACAUUCCCUCGAAUGAAGACUGUGAUGACUCCCACUGGAGCCUUCGGAUUCUACGCUGGCCUCAACCUCAUAGCCUGGUUCAUGAUCUUCUGCUUCGUCAGAGAGACUAAGCAGCUCACCCUGGAGGAAAUUGACCAGGUUUUCUCGGUCCCAACGAAGAAGUUCAUCAGCUACGAGUUGACAGUUUGGCUGCCUUGGUUCAUCAAGCGAUACAUUUUCCGACAGAACAUCCCUAGGCCGCCGCAGAUCAUUGCGACUGCCAAGGAGGCCGAUGAGGCUCGGAGACUCUCUCAAGUUGAGCCCUCGAAGGCAUGA